UCAGGGCCUGCUGAGGUCUGAUUCAGUGAAAAGGCUCUUCAAACUCAGUGAUUUGCUCUUUCACAGCAGUUUUAUGUCAACAUCAUGGCAUCCAUUUAUGGAGACAUCAUGAAAAUAGACACCACUGGUGCAUCAGAGGCAACAGCAAAACAAGACAAAUUAACCAUAAAGGGGGUUGAAGCCUCCAAAAAACUGGCUGAGCAUGAUCUGGCCCGGAUGGAGAAAUACAAGAGUAUGAUCACCAAAGUUGGCAGAGCAAAGAAGAUGGACUCGGCUGUGAUUGCUGCCAUCAUAUCCAGAGGGUCCAGAGCUGGAGCCGUUCUGAAGGACGGGUGGGGCGACCAUGGCAAUGGCUUUGGCCUCAUGCAGGUCAACAAACGCUACCACACUCCAGUUGGUGCAUGGGACAGUGAGCAACAUGUCGCACAAGCUAUAGAGAUACUCAUUGGUUUCAUUAAAGAAAUUAAAGUAAAUUUUCCCAAGUGGACACAAGAGCAAUGCUUUAAAGGGGGAAUUGCAGCCUACAACAAAGGUGUAAAAAGAGUGAUUUCCUAUGAGACUAUCGAUGCCAAAACCACAGGACUAGACUACUCCAAUGAUGUUGUUGCCAGAGCCCAGUGGUUCAAAAGCAAGGGUUACUGAAACAGCAGUUUUCUAGAUGCUACAUACAGUGUAUCAACUUUACUUGAUUACUCCUUAUUAUUGAAGUUACUGUAUUAGUAUCACUUAAAUAUAACAUAUAGGUUGCUAAUACAAUCCCUUUAAUUGUAUAGUAUUGUAUUGUAUUGUAUUGUAACAACUUUAUUUUUAUAUCUUUAGUUUCUGUGUCUUUUUAUUCAGUAUCUUUUGUAAGUAACUUCUAAUAUCAUUGCAUAUGAUAUGAUGAAAUAAACGUUUUUCACUUUAAUUGUCCGUCUUAUCAACAGUCAUGCCAUUUUCACAUUAAAA